AAUAAGAGAGAGAAAGUGAGAAUAGAGAGAGAAAGACGUUGAAUUUUCCAAUCUCAUCCUUUUUUUUACCCCAAACAGAAAGAAGAAAAGAAAACCCUCGCUCUCUCUCGCACACAACGAACCGAAACCCUAACGAAGUCCCUUCUCCAUCAUCCACUCGAUUUCAAUCCAAUGCCUUGAGCCCCUUUCUCAUCCUCCAUCUCAUCAAACAGGUUUCAUGUAACUGGUGUUUAGUUAAUCAAGAAAUAAACGAUGGAUGAUGUUAGCAAAGAUGGAUAACAUGUCUGCUCCCUCAUCACAGGAGCGUGCACAGUGCCUUUAUGAAAAGAACCUUGAAUUGGAGAAUAAGCGUCGUAGAUCUGCUCAAGUGCGGGUCCCAUCCGAUCCAAAUGCUUGGCAACAGAUGCGUGAGAAUUAUGAAGCAAUAAUUCUUGAGGAUCAUGCUUUCUCCGAGCAGCACAAUAUUGAAUUUGCACUUUGGCAGUUGCAUUAUAAGCGGAUUGAGGAGUUUAGGGCAUACUUCAAUGCAGCCCUGUCUUCUACUAACUCAAACCCAUCGCAGGGAGGAAAAGGCCCUGUGCGGCCUGAUCGAAUAACUAAAAUAAGGCUUCAGUUUAAGACUUUCCUUUCAGAGGCAACAGGAUUUUAUCACGAUCUUAUCAUUAAAAUCAGGGCAAAGUAUGGGCUUCCACUUGGUUACUUUGAGGAUUCAGACAAUCGGAUUGCAAUGGAGAAAGAUGGAAAGAAAUAUGCUGAUAUGAAGAUAGGUUUAGUGUCUUGUCAUCGUUGUCUGAUAUACUUGGGAGAUCUUGCUCGUUAUAAAGGAAUUUAUGGUGAAGGUGACUCAAUAAACCGUGAGUUCACAGCAGCCUCUAGCUACUACUUGCAAGCUGCAUCUCUUUUGCCUUCAAGUGGGAAUCCCCAUCAUCAGCUUGCAUUAGUAGCUUCAUAUUCUGGAGAUGAGCUGGUGACUAUUUAUCGGUACUUUCGCAGUCUGGCUGUGGAUAGUCCUUUUAUAACUGCAAGAGAAAACUUGAUAGUUGCAUUUGAGAAGAACCGUCAGAGUUUCUCUCAGCUACCUGGUGAUACUAAAGUUCUUGCUGUCAAGGAAUCUUCAGGAAGACCAACUGGCAAAGCAAGAGGAAAAGUUGAAGCAAAACUUGCAACAAAGGCAGCUAGUGCUAGAAUCAAAGAAGCAUCAAGUAUACAAGAAACUUAUAAAUGCUUUUGCACUCGCUUUGUACGCCUAAAUGGAGUCUUGUUCACUCGUACAAGUCUCGAGACCUUCCCCGAAGUUCUUGCCGUUGUUAACGCUGGCCUGCGCAAACUUCUUUCUUCAGGGCAAGAUGAGGAGCUCAGUUUUGGCACUGAGAAUGAACUUGUCAUUGUCCGAAUUGUCUGCAUCAUAGUAUUUACAAUUUAUAACGUGAAUAAGGAAUCUGAAGGUCAAACUUAUGCAGAAAUUGUACAGCGUGCUGUUCUUCUUCAGAAUGCAUUUGCUGCAGCUUUUGAAUUGAUGGGUUACAUAAUAGAGAGAUGUACAGAGCUGCGUGAUCCAUCUUCUAGUUAUCUUCUACCCGGAGUUUUGGUUUUUGUUGAGUGGCUGGCUUGUUAUCCAGAUCUAGCUAAAGGCAAUGAUGUGGAUGAGAAUCAGGCUACUAUCAGAUCAAAAUUUUGGAGUCAUUGUAUAUCCCUUUUGAAUAGACUGCUUUUAGUUGAGCCUAUGUCCAUUCUUGAUGAGGAGGAAACUUGCUUUAAUAACAUGAGCAGGUAUGAAGAAGGGGAAACUGAAAACCGACUUGCUUUGUUUGAGGACUUUGAGUUAAGGGGAUUUGUUCCACUGCUUCCUGCACAAACUAUCUUGGACUUUUCUAGGAAGCAUUCUCUUGGAAAUGAUGGUGAAAAGGAAAGGAAAGCUCGGGUUAAAAGGAUUUUAGCUGCAGGGAAGGCUUUAGCAAAUGUUAUUAGGGUUGACCAGAAAGUGAUAUAUUUUGAUUCGAAGGCGAAGAAUUUUACAUUUGGUGUUGAGCCUCAAACCUCAGAUGAUUUUGUUCUUGCUACCUCCUAUUCGGGCAUGCUCAAUACAGAAAACUUUCUGCAAGAAAAUCCAGGAGACAAAUCAACGGUGGAAGUUGUUCAAUCAAAUCAAGAUCGGUAUAUAGAGGAAGAUGAAGAAGUUAUUGUUUUCAAGCCUGUAGUGUCUGAGGCUCGAGCUGAUGUGGUUGUCUCAUCAUGGGCUCCCCAUGAGGGGUUGGGGCCUUCUCUAAAAGCAUUUGAAGGGGAUUUAAAAUUUCAUGAAAGUUCUACUUCCAACCCUCUCGAUAAUAUAAACCAUCAAACUUUACCUGUUUCUGUUAGCGGUAUGAUGCCUCAAAACCUCCAACCAGUGCAAACAUCAAGGUGGAUUGAGGAGGAAAUUUUUCUUGGCAACAAUUUUGAAGCUCUUCGCUUAUUUGAGAAUGGGCAUGUAAUGAAACCUGGCCUUCAAGAAGCUGUAGACAUCUCAAACCGUGUAGCAUUUCCUAUUCCUGUUCAACAAUCUGUCGCUGCUGAUACUAAUGGUGUGUUUCAGGGUCUUCCAAAAUCUUCAGAAUCUGUGAUACCAUCCAAAGUUGAUGCUAUUGCAUCUAGUGGAGUAAUUACGGAUAAUUUAUAUGGGAUGACCACACCAGCCUUGCAAGCUAGUUUGAGAAAAUCUCCAGUCAGUCGACCUGCUAGGCACAUAGGACCUCCACCGGGCUUUAGUCCCUUUCCUUCCAAACAAGGUAGUGAAUACUCUGUUUCAGAUUCAAUAAGUGGGAAUCCAAUUAUGGAUGAUUAUGGUUGGUUAGAUGGAUAUCAUUUGGAUUCAUCAACUACUGGUUUAAGCUCCAACAGUCCUCUGGCUUACGCACAAUCAAAUUCUCAUCAAGUCAGUAACAAUGGCUAUAGUGGGACGGUUAGCUUUCCCUUCCCUGGAAAAAAAUUUCCAUCUGUGCCUCUUCAGGUGGAGAAACAAAAUGGUUGGCAUGAGUAUCAAUCAAAUGAGCAUUUAAAAUCACAUACUGAUCAGCAGCUGCAACCUCAACAGCAGCUCACAAAUGGAAACCAGCAGUUUUCUCCUCUGCCUGAGCAAUUUCAAGGACAGUCAAUUUGGACAGGUCGUUACUUGGUGUGAUGUCAGUAUAAGACUAGAUGGCUUAUUGCAGAUGUGCUGCAUCCUUUUGCUACUCGUUCAAACUCGAGCUUUGCUUCCUUGUUCGGUGUUGUUGGAGUUACUUUGGCCUUGAAAUGUUGCAGGAUGUUGCUACUACAAAAUAUUAUGCUGAGGUCUUCAGCCCAGACGAAGAAAGAUAAAGAAGCGUCUUUACAGUUCAAAGUUCUUAAGAAGUAAAUGCCUUACCCGGUUCUAUUGGGGUGGAUAGCUGGUCAUAAAUAAAAGACUAUUCAGUUGAGUUGGAGCUUGUUUCUUCCGGGAUUGGUGGUGUUACAAUGGUUUGUUCAAAUCUCUAGCGGAAGUGUCAUUAUGAUAUGCACCUGUAAGAAUCGUUGUAACAGUGUCAUCUGAUUGCAAGUGAUAUACUUCAUAGUGCUUCAAGACUAAAUGAGUUCGGAAAGUUGCUAGGUAAGAAGUGGGUGUCACGUUUGAUUAAUGGGACGUGUAUAGAAUAUAUAAGCAAUGUGGGGACUCACUUGAGUUAGUGAGUGUGAGUUUAUGUGUUUUAGUUGUUGUGUCUUCAUUAAGGAUCGUAAUAAUUCGUUGUGUGUGUGUGAGUGGUAUAUCGUUCGUUUUCAGGUUUUUAUAAGUUGAGGGACCUCAAACUUGCAAUUAGCAAAUAAAUUGGUGGAUAGGUGAUUCAUAUUCAUCUUGGUGUAUAUGAAUAUACAAUGCUAUAUCUAUCUUAAGUUUUUUUGAGGAUAAAUAUGUAAGUUGGAUUUAGCAUCUUUA